GCGGAGGGGCCUGGGAGCCGGCCGGAUGCCUUCCGGGGGCCACGAGCCUGUUUCUACACGCUUCAUAGGAUACCUGUUUUGGAUCAUUUGGAUUCCAGUUUUAAGCUGCUGGAUUAUUACCGCUAUCAGCUUGUGGGUGGUCCUCCCAGUGUUUCCUUGGGCACGUACGCAAGCGCGAGUGCACGGUGGCCGCAGCCGUUUACAUAGAAGAACCGAAAAUACACACUGUUUUAUUCUUUAUCUUUUCGAGCAUGAAAAUUUAUCCUGGAGAUGUUUCCAAGUCAGUAGUUGGCAAUGAAGUAGUUGGUGAAAAAAUGGAGUGAAAAAUCUUUGGAAGGAUAUAAGCCCUAAAUGUGGAACAUACAUGAAAGAGAAACUUGUUAUUAAAACUCUAUGAAAAGAAGCUUUGGAGAAAAACAGUAGAAUUGCUAGUAGAGUCAGAAAGGCAACAUCGGAGAGAAAGAAAUUCUACUACAAUCUCUACUACUACAUUUGUGACUACUGAGACAUUUAAUUACAACUGGAGAACAAGAGUGGGUCUAGAGAAGCCUGAGAAACAUAAGCACUCAGGUGAAGACUGGCGAGAACAAACACCGAUUUCUGAAGUGCCUGGAAAGGAAACUCUGGUCAGUUUCACGUGCACCAGCCCAGUGUCCUCCAGAGAUGCUGCUGAAGUAGUCUUCGCUACUGCUUCUCUUCACUCAGCGCUCUACAUAACAUGGGCUGCAUGAAAUCAAAGCAAACUUUCCCAUUUCCGACCACAUUUGAGAGUGAGAAGCGACAUGCAAGUGAAGAAAGCUUCAUGCCUGAAGAGAGAUUUCUACCGAGGAUGCCCGCUCCAGUUAAUGCCGAGGAGGAAGUGAAGGAACCACGAGGGCCUGAAACUGUGGUCUUCGAGUUUGCACACCGCCUGUCGCAGGAAAUCCUCAGUGCCGCCCUGCAGCAGUGGGCGGGCAACAACAUGAAGUACGACGACAUCCCGUACAUUGAGAGUGAGGGGCCCUGACGCCGUAGGAUGCUGAGGAUAACUUUCUAGAAUUGUGGAGGAAGUUGGUGCUAGUUUAAAUACAUGAAAUAAUAGCAAAAACUGGUGUGAAUAAAUACAAAUCACUCCAUCGGGAUGGAGGGAAAAAAAGUCCAUGAUAGUAUCAAGAGUAUACAGGAGUACCUAACAUGACACGUGAUAAGCACUUUUAUGUUAACAGCAAAUUCUUGCUGCUUGGUCUUGGGCUGGAGUCAUUUUAAAGGGCUAAGGACAGGGCCCGCACCACAGUAGUCAGCUGUGUGCCGUACCACUUCCUUCCUGAGCACUAGUAGUAGCACCAAAGAAAUCAAAUGGUUAUUUUAAAGACGCUCCUUUUAAAAUAACUAUUUGUUAAUUUACACACACAAACAAGUUAUGAAAAGGAUUUUUCAGAUGUCUUGGCAAAGAACUUGCACUUAAGCCAUGGUAAAUACUAGUGGGUCAUUUGUCAAAGCCAUUUGUGUCAAGGAUCCCUACAGUAGAAAGCACCCCCUGUAGAAGUCCACCUUGAAACCUGUCCUUAACCACCUUCAACCUCAGGUCCCUAACUAACCAUAGCUGUUAUUAUAGAACUCAAGACUUCACACAACCUGAACAGGAUACAAUUUACAGAAAUCAUGACAAUGUUUAUGGCAUUGACUUAAGCAGCCCAGUGAUAUAACAAAACAAGAAUUCUUACAAACACCAAAAUAUUAAAAUAACGGGAGUCCUACUCAAGGUAGAAAGCAGAGCCUGUUCUCAGUGCUGCAGAUAUAUGAAGUUUUACUGUCUCAAAGAUGUAGAGAGUUGGUGUAAUGGGCACUCCUUCCCAUCUUUAUUAUUGACUAAUGGGGCAAUUCCCCCCAUUGAGAUUACUGUGGGACCAGUCUAUGCAUGAGACUAUACAGUUGCAUUACAAAACAGAAGAUCAAACACUGCUUGGAAGACAGUACUCGUGUAUUUUUUUUAUGGUAACGAUGCCCAUAAGGCAUUUCCAGCCAUAUACUAUUUUCUUAAAUUUGGCUAACUUUUGGGGGAAUUUUUUUCUUCCCAAGAAUUAAGUACUGUUUAAAAUCAAUGGAACAGAAAAUCUGGGAGUGGGAGAAGAUACUAAGAAAACAUAGCCUGCAGAAAACCUGGGACUCAGUCUCUAGAAUGGUCUUUUCAUCCAGAUUUGUUACACACUGAGUUUAGUUGGAAAGGGAAUUACUUAAGUCUGUGUGCAUUAAAUUCUUUUACUAAGAUUCAACAGACUCUUGUCACUGACAGCUAAAGGAAGGCAGAAAAAGACUGUGACCUUUUUAAUGAGAUAAAUAUGUAUUUGGCCUUGUAAGCAGGCAGAAAUGCUACCUCUAAUUUUAACUAUCCUUUGAAACCCACAAAGAAUGAAUUCUCCCUGUUGUGUGGACAAAGAGAGUACUUUGAAGUGAGUCGUGUGCCAUCUUUCAGUUACCAAAGGACACCUGGUCCUUCAACUUUCAUUUCACCUACUCCCAGGCUUUGAACUGUCCCGUUGUACUUGCAAUCUAGAAACUUACACAGUAGAAAAACCACGACCCCUGUUAAUACAAAGAUCUGAAGUCCGAAAGCUAAGGAACAAAAGUUUUCUGAAAAUGCAAAAUAUCUUUUGAGCUCGUGAAGAAAAAUUUAGGUUUUUGAGUAUACUAAUGACUCAGACAAAAGCCUAGAUGUUGCCAUUUUUCAUUCAUUUUAUAUCUCACAACAGACCACUUUUGCUGCAAAGUCAUUUACUAUUUAAAAGAUACAGUAUUAGGGUGAGAACACAAAGCCAUAGCCACACAAAAUUUUUCAGCACACGUACGAUGUAGACUGUUGAGUUUUCUUAUAAAUAUUUUAACCUCAGCUUCCUCCUGUGCCUGGGCCCCUAUGUCCCAGGGGUGUAGCAGGGAUGCCUGCCUGGUCCACAUCUAGCAAGAAGUCUCUGUUGCCACUCUGACACAAUAGCAGUACGGUUUUGUCACCAAGCACCAACACCUCACUACUGACUUUUUUUAAAAAAGAUUUUAUUUAUUUAUUUGACAGAGAGAGAUCACAAGCAGGCAGAGAGGCAGGCAGAGGGGGGGGGGAAGCAGGCUCCCUGCCGAGCAGAGAGCCCGAUGUGGGGCUCGAUCCCAGGACCCUGAGAUCAUGACCUGAGCCGAAGGCAGAGACUUAACCCACUGAGCCACCCAGGCGCCCCGUCUCCUGACUCAUUUUAACAGAGUAUAGAUCUUGCAACAUAGAAUUAUCUUGGAAGUAUAUGCUCUGUUAUGUCAAACUAUGGAUAAGGGAUUGCGAGGCUUGCCUCAUCCGUGAGCUAGUGAAGACAGCAAAGCGGGGGCGGGCAGGAGAGAGAACGGGGUCAACAGAUUGGUGCCGCACCCGCUAAUCCUAAGACACAGUUUGGCCUUGACAAGAACGGAUGAGAGCGUCUUUGGUAGAAUAACUUCUUUCAUACCUUCGUGUCUGAACACUGGAUCUACUUCAUUUUGAACUUCCGCGAACAGUAAAAGAAUGGAGGGUCUAUGUGAUAAGGAAGGAACGUGUGAAACAGAAGACUGAGAACUGUCAGCGGCCGGAAAGGGAAACGCUUGCUCCGACGCAGACGUCACAAACACGAAUGAAAGAACAGUGGCCAAAUUAUAAAAGAAAGGAAACCGGGAAAAGGAGGGCCCACGAAACAGCACUCAUAUCAGGCUCUGUCAGAAGACACACGGCAAAAACAAGACUCGUGUUCUCGCCGAGGGAAGGGACGCAGUAGCAAGGUCCUUUCUUUGCCACACUGGCACGUGCCCAACCACUGCAUCUUCUCCCUUCAGAACAUCCAGGAUAGGGGCAGACGAGCCCAGUGUAACCAGGUACCUUGGAUGGCAACUGCAAGGGCAGCAGGUGACCAGAGGAAGUGUGCCGGUCCCUCACAGAGCCCCGCAAGAGUGCUUCACUGUCCCCCUGCCCAGGUGACGGGCUCUUGUGUUGUUCCCUUUCAGCUGCCAGCAUCUGAUCCCAGAGGUCUCAAUUUUCAGUUCGCUUAUCUGUUCUUUGCAAACUACCUGAGGUCACUAGCACUCAAAGCACAAUUUAAGGGGAUAAAACUGAUCUUAGUUCCAUAGGAAUAGUUUGUGUCAAACUGCCUUAUUAGUAUUAAAAACAGACGCACUGAAUGAAGGAGCUAGCCUGCACUCCUAUCCCACUUAAUAUCACCGGCAUUUGAUGAGAAGAGGGAACUGUACUUUUGUAUUCUCUGGCUUUAGAAAUCAAAGAGACACAUGAUCAAUACUGUCAAGGAAUAGUGAGUUAAAAACAAAGUUCCAACAAAUAUAUAUUGUUUGCUUCACUGUAAUGCCCUCACCCUGUAUUUGUGGGGCCCAACAGGACAGGCCUGCCUUGGAGCAGUGCGCACAAGCUCAGAUGUACUCCCUCUAUAUUACUUUGCAAAACUCAAGUUUUGUUAAUUCUCCUCCCUGUAAGACUUAGCUAUGAAAUGGUAUUUUUCCGAAUAUUUUUGUGAAAGCAUUUUUUUCUAACCAUACA